AUGUUGCCCACAUCGAACUUGCUGGAAUGCGAGGCUCUACUUGAACCUGACCAACACUAUCCCCUGUACAUAACUGCCAAAAAGUACUGGCUACCGGAAUUUGAAACUCACUGGGAUGACGAGGAAGCAGUCACUCUUGUUUUGCUUCAUUCGACCAGCUUUCACAAAGAGACUUGGCAGCCUACCCUGGAACGUAUCUUCCAGUGUUCUUCAGCACAUUCCGGAAAUUCAUCAAAAUUAUUGAAGAUCAAAUGUGCAUGGGCAAUCGACUGUCCAAACCAUGGUGUAUCUGCUGCUCUCAAUGAGGAUGCACUUCAGCAGGCACCUUUUUACCGCAACUUCGGGUGCCGCAGAUAUGCAGAUGCCGUCCAUAGGUUUAUGUCUGCUGAACAAAGGCUCGGACCCACAUUUGACUUCCGAAGUCAACGUCUUGUCGGAAUAGGUCAUUCUCUUGGUGGAGUCGCUAUAACUAUAUUGCAGAACCUCGAACCGGCCUUCAAAUUUUCCUCUGUCAUCCUCGUGGAACCCAUGCUCAGUCCAACUGCAGAGGCAGUGGAACCAUUGCGCCGUAUUCUCAUCAAAAACGCAUACGAACGAAGAGACGUGUGGCCCUCCCCAGAAUACGCGUAUCAGAACCUGAAAUCAAGAAAGCGAUGUGAACGCUGGGAUCCGCGUGUCCUGGAUCUGUAUAUUAAAUAUGGACUCCGGGUUCACCCAGGUGCGCGUCACCUGCAAGCACCCUACCAUGGUGUCAGCCUAGCAUGCUCACGUGAGGAAGAGGUGACGAUGUACAGAGAACCAGACGGUGCAACCAGACCGGUGCAAGACUUGGAUAAAAUUUGUUCACGCAUUCCCAUCAGCAUCGUGUUUGGAAACGACAAUGAGUACAUGUACGCAGUUUCUACAAACCCAAGCUGA